ACACUGUCGAUUUGAGUUUGGAAUAUCUUCUCAUUAAUUUCAGAGGGUAAACUGAUUAUUUGUUACGAUUUACAUGAAUUUAUCAUGUAAACUACUUGGAUCAAAAUCCAAAUUCAGACUAACCAAAUGAUGAUAAUUUAGUUCUCAGGAGAAAUCCAGCCUAAAACUGAUGUGAAUACACACCAAAAUCCAAGAAAUUGCCUUUUUUGGAGUUGUUAUGGAGUUGUUUACAAUGCAAAUGGUUCAGUUUCUUUUUGGCUAGGAUAUUAACAGUUCGAAGCAGAGAAUACUAGUCCAGAAGAUAUUUUGAACCCACAAUCCCAAAGAACUUGCAGAAAAUGACAAGAGAGGAUCGGAAAAACGAUGCUCAGGAUCUUGUUGAUCAAAACCAUCUCCUUGACCUUGUCUUUCACCUUCACAAGAAACUAAUUGUAUAAUUUAUAGAUUAGUUUCACAUCCAGUUUCAGGUUUUGGAAGGCCGACCACUCAGGAUGUUGUGAACCAAUUGCAUGCUAAAUCUGGCAUAUGGUCAUUUUUUUGAAGACUCUAACUUGCAUAGAGGUGUCAAUUUCGAUAGUGUGAAAAAAACUGUGAUUCGGAUUAUCCAGUAGUCAGUUGGGAAAGAGCAAUUUAGAGCUUAUUACCAUAGAUGAGAUGUAGAAUGAGAAACCACAUUGUGCGUCCUUUCCAAACCACAACUUAUACACGCAGUAAAUCCAGCAGUCUAAAUGAGUGUCACAGUGUUCUAGGAAGCAUGUAUAGUGAGGAAACCAUGUGGAUGCACGAUGCUGACCUGGAUUAUGAUAAAUUCGAGGAGAAAGUUAGCACUUAAGAAAAAUGGUAAGAAAAUAAACUUGAAGAGAAGGUUUAUAGCUUUAUAUCUUUGAAAAAAAUGAAUAAGUGCAUUUUCAAUAAAAUGAAGUUAUACUUAUUAACGUGAUUUUUUUUCAUAUUAUGGUUUUCUUGAAGAUCAUUGGAUUUUGGAGACGUAGAUUACUAUAAAAUAGACGUAGAUUAAUAUGAAGAAUUAACAAGCUACUUAAAACUGAUUUAUAAAGGAAAAGCGAGAAUUUCUUGGAAUUAUUGUUAGUUCAUCAUGAGUUAGAUGAUGUAUCAAGCGACGAAGAAAUAGAAUCUUUCAUUAUUAAUUGUCAGGGUGUUUACAAGAAUUGUGUAAAACUAAUUUUUUUGUAAAUAUUUUUAAAUAAUAAAACAAAAAGUAUUUAUUUAUAUCCAUUAUUUCUAUUUAUAUUACAUGUCAUUUUAUUGUAUUUGCAUCUUGCAUUUACAUAAAAAUUUAACAUGUCCAACUUCCUUUUUUAGUCUUAUUGAUUGAUAUCAAGCAACCCCUUUCUGUGUAAGUUUCUGUCUUUUCUUCCUUGUACAUUUUUAUUUUUCUAUUCAAGUGUGUUGGCAGAUUCCAAAAGUUUCACUUUAUAUAUUGAAUAGUUUCGUGGUAUAGAAAUAUGUGGUUCUUUCCUCAGCUUAUUUGUUUUCUAGUAAGCAAUUUCCUACUAUAUAUGGCUAUUGGGUCGAAGUAAAAGACGGAUCAUGACAUUUCAUAAAAUAAUAUCGGGAAAGACUUUGGCUUUGUAUGCCUAAGCCUAACCAAGUGUUAUACGAUUCAAAGUAUUCAAAGUAAACGAUAAAGGAUCCUCACGACUUAAAGUCUUGUCAUUAAGUGGAACUUUGACUUUGUAUAUGUAGGAGCCGGAAAAUUAAAUUGAAAUUCACGAUCAAUUUGUAAAUGAUUGAUUGUAAGUAAACAGAUAAAACCAUUUAAAACUGUUUACGCGUCACUUAUUAAUAGAAUCAUUAUUCUAAGUUUCUAAAGACUAAAGGUGGGACUGGUGACCAAGAGAACGAAGAAAAACACUAUGUUCUUUAAUAUUCCUUAAAUAUUUUACCAUUCAUGAGGAAUAAGUUUUCCUUUUCAUUUCUCUUCAUUUCUUUACUUGUAGAGAAUUAUAGAACAAAUCAAUUCCUCAUCAAGUUUGAUAAGGAACCAUCAUUCCGUAUCAUUUCUAAAAAUUUAUUCCUAUUCAUUCUUUUCAUAUCCGUUCCUAUUGUUCAUAUGAUGGUUACCAGUCACACCCUAACUUUGAAAACAGUGUUUUCCUAUGGAAAAGUUUGACAAAUUAGGAAAAAUAUAGCUUUGUUUAUAAAAAAGUGAAUUAACGAGAAAAAUUGAACAACUAAUGGCAUCUCCCAACCCAUUUCUAUUAUUCUCGUAAAAAUAGAAUUUAGAAUAAAAAUUUUCUAAUAGUAUUUUACUUUUCACUUUAUAAUAAUAUAAAAAUUUUUUUUACUCUAUAUAUAAAAUAAAUUGUUUAUUUUUUUGUUCAUGACUCUAUUUUUUACUUUAAAAUAGAAUAACAUUAGAAUAUAACUUAACUCUAUUAUAAAGUUACUUUAUUUCACUGUAAAAAAUAGAGUAAACAAUUGAAGAUAGUCUAAUAUUGUAAUAAAAUGGUUCUGUGAUGUGACAAUUUUAGGCGAAAGUGAACCAAUUUCUCCUGCACGUUUGUCCGUUCUUGAUGCAAUGUGAAACUGAAAACUAUAUUCUACCAUAUGUGUUAGAUAAAUAGUGUAUAAUAAUCCAUUCGUUCCAAUAGCAUAUUAAAAACAGGAUCGUUUUACUAACUGUGAAUAAUGAAUAAUAAAAGGAGGAACAUAUAUUAUCUGAGAAACAUUUUGAGAAUGCCAUGAAGACAUGUGUUCACCACAAUAUUUCUCACAAAAAAAACUCAUGUAUCGUAACCGCAAUGUUUUCAACAAAAAUACUGACACAUCGUCCCUAUAUGCAUUCUCACAUAACACAUUAAAUAAUUUUUUAAAAAAAUAUCCGAAGUUAUCUAAUGUGAUUUAAAUUAUAUAUGAUAAUAAAUAAUACUUAAUAAUAAUAAUUUGAUAACAAUUCUUUAUAUCCUAUAUCAUUUCUGUUUAAUGUUUUAAUACUAAAAUAAAUUAAACAAUCAUGCUAAUCAUAUAUUAAAAAUUCAUAUUUUUUGUAUUUGUUUUAUUUAAAAUUUUUAAAUAUGAUUAAAAAUUUAAAACUAUUAAAAUCUCACAUUAGAAAUUUUGUCAUCAGUAAUUUAAAUCUUUUAUUGUAAAAAUAUUUUAAUGAUCAUAAAACAUAUGAGUAGGAAACGUCAUUUGAUAGAUUUCAAAUUUAAAAUGUAUAUAUACUUAAUAUUGUUUAAAUUAAAUGAUCUAUUAUUUUAAUUUCAAAAUUUUAUAAAAAAUAUCAUACUUAAAUUGAAUUUUACAAUUAAUCAAAGAUAAAUACAAUUAAAUAGCCCUAAAAAGUUUGUCUCAAAUAUAGCUUCUAAGGAUCAAAAUAACCAAAAUAUUUUAUUAAAUAGGUAAAUAUACACUUCUACCCCUAGGAUCAACUAAUAUAGACCAUAGAGUUUAGAGGUGGGUUUAAAAUUUUAAAAGAAUUAAAAAUAAAUCUUUAAAUUUUAAUUUUUUUUAAAUAGUUUCAAAAAGCAUUUUUGAAUUUUGAAAACAAAAUUUGAAUUUUUUUUUUGAAAAAAUGUUUGAAAAAUAGAAAAAGUUCAAAUCUGAAAAUAUAUCAUUCGAAACUAUAUAUUUCUAAUUUGUUUUUAGUUUUUAUUUAUUUUUAUUAUUUAUAUAUAUAAAGCAAGGGGUAAAAGGUUUUUUACUCUUUAAUGAAAUCUAUUUUGGUGAUUUUUCUCCUUGAAGGCUCUUUUUGUGAAAAAAAAUAUUUUAAAAUGGUUUAUUUGGAAAAAUUUCCCUUAAUAAAAUCAUUAAUGUAUGUUUAAGAAAUAUUUCAUCCUGCGUAGAGCGCAUACUAUUAUCUAGUAAUAAAAUAUUUGUUCACGGAUUAUUAUCUAGUAAUAUAGUAUUUGUUGAAUGAGAAGAAAAAGAGGAAGAUGAAGAGAAGGACAAGAAGAAGAAUGAGAAAAUUAAGAAAGAAUAUGAGGAAAAGGAGAAAAAAGAGAAGAAAGAGAAGUAAAAUAUAAUAACAUACUAUACUGUUUUUGAUUAAAUAAAAUUUAUAAUAUAAUAUUGACAAUAUCUUAUAAAUGUAUUGUUUAUAUUGUUUGUUGUUAUAUUGUGUGUUGUUAUAUUGUUUGACAAUAUAGUAUUUGCUAUAUUGUUUGUUGGAGGAGAACAACAAAGAAAUAUGAGGGAAAUAUUUUUGGAACUGAUUAUUCUUAUUCGUAGAAUUUGUAUUAUACUAUAUGUAGAACACAUUAAACAUGUUUGAAAUUGAUUUCUACUAGUUUUAGAUUUAUAGUAAUGUGUGGAUUCUGAUUUUUACAGAUUUUAGAUUUAUAGUAAUGUAUAGAUUCCGGAUUCUACAGAUUUUAGAACGAUAGGUUAAGCGUGAAAUGUGUUUUCCAAAUAUUUUUAGAUUACUAUUAUUUACGUAGAUCACGUAUUCUAAACAUAUUAGAUUCAAUGAAAAAAGUGGUUACAUUUUGUACUGUGUAGAAUAUCAAAUCUUCUUUUUGUAGAACAAAAUAUGAAGUUAUAAUUUAAACAUUUUGAUAACUGUGAAAAAAUACCAAUGAAUUGAUAUAUGUAUUUCAUCGGUAGUUACUAUUUUUUGAUUUUUUUAUUUAUAAAACUAUUUAUUUGAUUUAUUUUGGAAAAUACUAAAGGGUAUUAGAGAAAAAGAUGUUACAAAAAAGAAAUUAGCCUAAUAGGACAUAGGGGGUGAUUCGUUGGGCUUUAUCUCACUACUUUUGCUUUAUUCAUUUUUAAAACACUUAAUUUUACCAAUCAUGUUGUAGCUUUAUUUUUGAAAGUUAAAGUCUACAACAUAUUUCUAUUAACUUAUACCAAUCAUGCUUUAGCUUACUUUUAAGGUUACAAAAAAAAACUAAAGCAAUUUUUUCUUAUGUAUUUUAGGCAAAAAACCUGCAUCUUCGUUUUAUGGGCUAUAUAAACUAUACAAUGAAAAAACUAUCUAUAAUAUCAAAUAAAUUAGAUAAUCAUAAUAAAAACAUCUAUAAAUAUUUUAAUUUAAAUCUGGGUGUUUUUAAAAUUAUCGAAUUUUUUCUAAAUAACAUAAAUAUUAUUUACAUAUCACAUUUUAAAUAACAAUAAACUUUUAUAAUUUAUAAAAAUCAUUAAUAUAAAUUAUUUUAGUUGAAAAUAAAUAAUUAUUUUAUAUAUACAUCACAUAUUUAAUUUUGAAUAUUUAUAGCUUACAGCUACAACAAAUUUGACUACAACUAUUACUCUACGUGUGUGGUGGGUUAAAUGGGUGUAUACGGUCCCGGAGUUGGAGGGUUGGUGACAGCAAUCUCCAACACUCUGUUCCGAACGACGGCACCGCCUGUUUUGUGGACUCCUCUUCGUGCUGUCGGUGAGGCGAUUUCGAACGGGCUAGCUGUUUCGUGGAUGCAUUUCUCGGUGAUGGUCUUGAUGAUUGGGUCUCUCGGAAGCUGUAGGUUAUCCCGUUGCUUCAAGGUUUGAGCCGCCUUUCUCUUUGGGAGCUCGCGGCAACCGGGGUCUCGCUCCUCUCAUUCCUUCUCUUGGGGCAUUAACGUUUUGCUAUCUCCAGUUCGCUUGAAGGACUUUAGUCUGUAUUCUUAGAAUAGGCUUGUUCAAGAUGCUCUGUUUAGUUUAUUUUCUGCAUUCUGUUUCUUGUUUCCUCUGUCCUUCUGUAAAAAAUGAAAAGCUUGGUAAUAUAAUUUUAACAUUUUACCAAAAAAAAAAAAAAUUUGACUACAACAAAUGUCUCUGCAAAAAAUCUACAGUAACAACUUUACAGCUACAACCAACUUACCUACAGCUAAAUUCUUACCGCCACAGUCGAACCUAUCAUCACCAUAGUUUCCCCCCCCCCCUCCCCCCCCAAAAAUAGCCUUUUAUAAAUUAUGAAAUUGUAUUAUUUUCGAUGUGAAAUGUUGUCUCCGCAUUUCCAUUCAUUUAAACCAAUAGAGAAUAUUGCAGAAAAGCACUAAAAAUCUGGAACUGGAUAAAGAUUAUUAUCUAUUGAUAAUUUGGCAUCCAUCAAAAUUUAGAAAUGAUAAAUUAUUCAAAGAAACAUAUAUGGAUUCACUAGAACUGAUCAGAUAUGCAGAAAAAAAUGCCAAAUUUAGUUGUCGCGAAUGCAACAGAAAACUAUAGUAGUGCAAACACCAGAUCAUAUUAUUGUUUCACAAGUUGUAUGCUUACAAAAUAUAUGUUUGGUGAAUGGCUCUUGAUCUUCUAUAUCGCAAUUUAAUGGUUGUUGAUGGAUUUGGAAAAACAUGUCUGGACAAAACUAACUUAUGAGUACAAAAAACUUGAGAAGAAUGGAGUUUUUUGCCAAAACUUUGGAUCGAACUGCAAAGAUUUGAUCGCCACAUAAAAGAACCGCAUGUCUUGCCAAAAUUUUCGACAAAGCUAAAAGAAAUAUCUAUUCUACAAAAAAAAAUUAAUCCAUGAUAUCUUACAUAUAUACCGCAAGAUCAAAAUACAGUUGUUAAUUCUUUAACUAGGACUGCAAAAUCUUUUCAUAUGAAACUUUGUUGUGUUGGUUGUUCUAUUUUGAUCUACUUUUUCAUACCUUAUUGUUUGAGUAAAAUAAUGGUCUUUCGAUAUCACAAGAAAAAACAAUUAGAGUAUUGUAUUAAGCCGAUACUCUUGCAAGAUUAUAUAUAGAAUAUAGUAUUAAUAUAAUUUUUUUUUGUGUUUAAGUUUAAAAUAAAAUAAAAACACUAUAACCAAUAAAUAUUAGCCACAGAGACGUAGAGACUCUAGACAAUUUUUUAAAGUAUUUUCUCAGAGAGAUGUCUCUCGUAAUUUCUUCCUCUCUCCCAAUAUAUACACUUAGUCCUUGCUGAGACAAUAUACCAAACUGAAAUAUAAUGAAGAUAGUAACCCGUUUGAUAAUAGCAGAUCAGGAUUGUGAAUCACUUAGCUUGGUUUCUUUCCUACUCUUUGUUUUGAUCACCGCCAUAGCUGUGGCGGGAGGUUCUCUGGACAGUGAUAGAGAAGUCUUAAUAGAGCUAAAAGUGUACCUCGAAUCUCACAACCCAACCAACGGAGGAAUGUACACGGCGUGGAAAACCAAGGAGCAAGAUGUUUGUCAAUGGCCAGGCAUCACAUGUACACCUCAGAGAAGUAGAGUCAUAGGGAUCCAUUUAAGCGAGUCCCUCAUCGCCGGUGGUCUAUUUGGGAAUUUCUCCGCUUUAACUCAGCUCACAUAUCUCGAUUUAUCGAGGAACACUAUCGAAGGUUCAAUACCAUAUGACCUGAGCCGUUGUCAAAAGCUAAAGCAUCUGAAUCUUUCUCAUAAUAUCAUUGAAGGAGAGCUGAACCUAACGGGGUUAUCAAAUCUUGAGGUUCUUGAUCUAUCAGUGAAUAGGAUUGCGGGCACUAUUCACUCUAGCUUCCCGUUGUUCUGCAACAGCUUGGUUGUUGCAAAUCUGUCGACAAACAAAUUAACGGGUAGAAUCGACAACAUCUUUAGUGGAUGCCGGUAUCUGAAGUACGUUGACUUCAGUACCAAUAGAUUCAGUGGAGAGAUAGGGGCUCGUUUGGGAAAGCUGGUGGAGUUUUCAGUUUCUGAAAAUGUUCUCUCCGGGAACAUCUCAGCUUCAGUGUUCAGGGGGAACUGCACUUUGCGAGUGUUGGAUUUGUCUGAGAAUGGUUUUGGUGGCGAAUUUCCAGGACAAGUUUCAGACUGUCAGGAUCUGAGUGAAUUGAAUCUGUGGGGAAACAACUUCACCGGGAGCAUACCAGCUGAGAUAGGCUCCAUAUCCUCUCUCAGAGGUUUGUACUUGGGGAACAAUAAAUUUUCUCGAGACAUACCGGAAACUCUCCUGAAGUUGAGCAACUUGGCGUUUCUUGAUUUGAGUAGAAAUGGUUUUGGAGGCGAUAUACAAAAAAUAUUCGGGAGGUUCACUCAAGUAAAGUAUCUAGUUCUGAAUGGAAACUCAUACGUUGGAGGAAUCUAUUCUUCCAAGAUUUUCAUGUUACAUAAUCUUUUCAGGCUAGAUCUUAGCUUCAACAACUUUUCUGGCACGUUGCCUGCUGAAAUUUCCCAGAUCAAGAGUUUAAAGUUCUUGAUUCUUGCUUACAAUAACUUCAGCGGUGGCAUACCACAUGAGUAUGGAAACAUGUUGGCGCUUCAAGUACUUGAUCUCUCCUUUAACAGGCUGACCGGUUCGAUACCAGCUUCAUUUGGAAAGUUGACAUCUCUUCUGUGGUUAAUGCUUGACAGUAACUCUCUCUCAGGAGAAAUCCCUCAAGAGAUUGGAAACUGCACGAGCCUUUUGUGGUUUAACGUGGCAAACAACAACCUCUCUGGCGGAUUUCAUCCUAAAUUGACUAAUAUGGGUAGCAAUCCUUUCCCAACCUUUGAAGUGAAUAGGCAGAGCAAUGACAGCAUAAUUAUUGCUGCAACUGGGGAAUGCAUGGAAUUGACGAGAUGGAUUCCUGUAAAGUUCCCUCCCUUCUUGUUUAUAUACGCAAUUCUUACGAAAAAGAAUUGUAGAAGCCUAUGGCGUCAUAUUCUUGAAGGGGAAGGUCUCUUUCCUGGCUGCGCUGCUGGUCUCAUGGCGCACACACUUGAAAUACCAGCAUAUCUUCAGCUCAGUGGGAAUAAGAUAUCAGGCGAGAUACCUGCAAGCAUCUCUCAGAUGAAGAGGUUGAGUAUGCUUCAUUUGGGUUUUAACGAGUUUGAAGGGAGACUGCCUCCAGAGAUAGGGAAGUUGCCUCUUUCUUUCCUCAACCUUACCCAUAAUAAAUUUUCAGGCCAGCUUCCCCAAGAAGUCGGAAAUCUCAAGUGCCUGCGGAAUCUUGAUCUGUCUUGGAACAAUUUCUCAGGAACCAUUCCCAAGAGCUUGAACGACUUGAAUGAGAUGAGUACAUUCAACAUCUCCUACAACCCUCUCAUUUCUGGUGUGAUACCUGUGUCGGGACAACUUUCAACGUUUGAGAAAGCAUCUUUUCUCGGAAAUCCGCUUCUGCAGUUUCCUACUUCUUUCGAUAGAUCAGGGAACAACACUAGCUCAGAGGAACCAGAUAAUGGGAGAAAAGGAGAAGAAGAAGAUGAUGAAGAUACUAUUGACAUGUCCGUCUUCUAUUGGAGUACAUCUUCAACUUAUGUGGCUGCACUGGUAGGCAUUGCUGCACUUAUGUACUUUGAUUGUCCUUUGCAUCGGGCAUGGUUCCGCCUCGUUAAUGCUUUCAUCGCCUCUGCGAAACGUAUGUUGUCUUAAAAAUCAUAUCAGCUCACCUUCUUGGAUUCCUCCACAUAGCAAAAAAAAGAUCAUGAGUUCAUAAGUAUAUGUAAUGAUUACAUAGAGGUAAGUAUGUUCAAGGAGAUUUAUCCUCCCUCAAAAUAUGAUCCAGCAUUAAUUAUCCAUCAAUUCUAUGUAUA